UGCCCAGCGUGCACCGGAAAUGAAUUAGUCGCGAACCUAUGGCUGUGAGCGGCGGCUGAAUCUCAUCUAUUCAGUGAAAAAAGCGUUAGAUAAUUUACCAAAACAACAAAAUUAAUCGAGUGCGAAUCGAACAUAACGGCAACAAUGUUUUACCAUAUUUCUUUGGAGCAUGAAAUCUUACUACACCCGAGGUAUUUUGGCCCUAACCUCCUCAACACUGUGAAACAGAAGCUUUUCACAGAAGUGGAGGGCACAUGCACUGGCAAGUAUGGCUUUGUAAUCGCGGUCACCACCAUUGACAACAUCGGGGCGGGUGUAAUCCAGCCGGGGAGAGGGUUUGUCCUCUACCCAGUCAAGUACAAGGCCAUCGUGUUCCGCCCAUUCAAAGGAGAGGUGGUGGAUGCUGUGGUCACUCAGGUUAACAAGGUUGGAUUGUUCACAGAAAUUGGUCCCAUGUCUUGCUUCAUCUCUCGUCAUUCCAUCCCCUCAGAAAUGGAGUUCGACCCCAAUUCCAAUCCUCCUUGUUAUAAAACAGUUGAUGAGGACAUAGUAAUCCAGCAAGAUGAUGAGAUUCGACUAAAGAUUGUGGGAACAAGAGUGGACAAGAAUGACAUUUUUGCCAUUGGAUCUCUCAUGGAUGAUUAUCUGGGUCUUGUGAGCUGAUUCGCCCCAGAGGGAGCACAUUUUACAUGGGACAUUUUAUGUGGUAGCCUAGUUUCGUCAUUGUUAAAAUAAAUAUUUUUCUACACUGAUUGAUAUGGUGUGGUAACAUAGUAGCACCAUUGUAUUAUUGUGCUAAACAGCCUGCAUUUUUCAUUGGAACUGGUGCAAGACUGAAAUAAAAUACAGAUGAAUGCUUGCUACAUUUAUAACAAUAUGGCAUAGAGUGUAGAAGUAGCAUAUCUUAAUUUACUGUUUUUUUCAUUUAUAAUUCACAAUUUCUGUCUCAACUCUUGUUAAUGUUUUUUGUACCCAGACUGUAAUAAAAUAUUUUAUUUGUUGUUA